UGUGUUUUGUUAUUACGUCCAAUUAUUAUUUCUGUCGACAGUUAUUAAGUAUUAUAAUUUUUACGUGCACACACCGAGAAUAGUGAUCCAACGGGUUGGUCGUAUACUGUUGCCGUCAUUAUUCUAGUAAUAUUCGAACCAAUUGGUAUAACAUUGUUUUAAGUGUAUUGCAGCAGUUACACAAAAGCGUUCAGGAUGGCUACUUUGCCUUCCCCAAAUGAAGUAGCUGGAAGUCACUUCCCAAUUUAUGAAGCACUUUAUAAUAUGGUGGAUCCUACAAAAAAAGGAAAUAUUGGAGCGAUGGAUGCGGCAAAUUUCCUUAAAAAGUCUGGUCUAUCACAAGUUAUACUUAGUCAAAUUUGGGAUUUAUCAGAUCCAACUGCCAAAGGUUUCUUAACCAAACAAGGAUUUUUUGUGGCCCUUAAAUUGAUAGCAUUAGCACAAGCUGGACGAGAAAUAUCAAUGUUAAACAUCACUCAACAAACCACACCACCUAACAUGGGCGAAGCAUCAAAACAUAUAGCAAGCAAAGUUCUAACGGCAGGAUUAGUUACUGCUGUUACUAAUAUGAAUGACUGGUCAAUGAAGCCUUCAGAGAGAAUGAACUAUGAUAAAAUGUUUGAAUCAUUGAGGCCAGUCAACGGAACAGUUGCUGGAGAUAAAGUUAAAGGUCUCCUAAUUGACUCUAAACUAUCAGUAGAUACUUUGGGUAAAAUUUGGGAUUUGGCUGAUAUGGAUAAAGAUGGAAAGUUAGAUCAACAUGAAUUUGCUGUUGCAAUGCAUUUAGUUUAUAAAGCAUUAGAAAAAUAUGCUAUUCCUAGUGUUUUACCUACAGAGUUAUUACCCCCAGCAAAGAGAAAAGGUACUACCAUGGCUAAUUCACCUGUACCUGUUUUACCAGUGCUUUCUUCUGGUGUUACUUCAAAUCUAGUCAAACAACCACCCAAAAGGCCAAUUACUCCAUCUAUUGGUUUAGUGCCAUUACCAGCUACAUGGGUAGUUACUGUAGAAGAAAAAUCUCGUUAUGAUUCUAUGUUUUUGGAGUCUGAUGUUGAUAUGGAUGGUUUUGUCUCUGGACCAGAAAUUAAAGAUAGGUUUCUUAAAACUGGUAUUCAUCAAUCUAUAUUAGCACAUAUAUGGAGUCUCUGUGAUAUUAAUCAACAUGGCAAGUUGGAUAUGGAGCAGUUUAGUCUUGCAAUGUGGUUAGUUGAACGUAAACUCAAAGGGGUUGAUCCACCAAAUACACUUUCCCCUGAAAUGGUACCUCCAAGCAAUAGAACUGUAACUCCGUCAAAUGCUGUUCAAAUUCAAGAAAAGCCUCCAAUGUAUACAAAUCCUGAGUUGGAUAUGAUUCAAAAAGAUAUUGAUGAACUAGUCAAAGAAAGACUUAUUCUAGAAACAGAAAUUGCUCAAAAAGAAGCUGAUUUGAAAAUACGUUCUGGUGAAGUCAAAAGUUUACAAGGAGAACUAGACACCUUAUCUGCUACUCUAAAACAGUUAGAAAAUCAAAAAGGCGAAGCUCAAAAAAGACUGAAUGAUCUCAGAAAUCAGACUCUGUUGGUAGAAAAUGAAAUAAUCAACAUCAAUCAGAAAAUUAAGGCUGAACAAGUACAGGUAGAUAAUCUUCGCAGACAAGCUGAUGAACAAGAACUUACAUUAAAAGUGCAAGAAGCCGAUCUUUCUUCUAAAAAGCAAGAGCUCGAAGAACUAAAAACUUUGGAACAUAAACUUGAAAAAGAUCAAGCUGAAAUGGGCAAAAGAUUAGAUGAGCUAAAUAACAUGCUACAAAAUUCACAAUUACAAAUAAGUCAGUUUAAGAAUAAAGUAAAUCAACUGGAGGAAAACAAGCGCCAGAUGGAAGAUACAAUUGAGUCAACAGAAAAAGCAUUAGCCGAAGGAAAUGUUUAUGCUAUCCCAGAUUCUUUAUUAACAUUUAAUUUAGAAUUCCGUGAUCUUGAAUGUAGUAGACUUUUAGGCAAAAUUGUUGAUGAUAAAAAUUCUUUUGAAAAUGUAAAUGGUUUUACUCCAACAAGUGGAGCCAGUGGAUCACGUGAUGAAAACUCAUUUAAGACGGAUUUCUUUGCAAAUAAUGAUGCGUUUUCCACAAACAAUAAAACGGAAACUUUUUCAAAUGAUCCAUUCACUUCAUUUGAUGACUCCAGAACUAGAAGUCAAAGUACAGAUCCAUUUGGUGGUGAGACAAAUGUAUCUAAAUUGUCUGAUAGACACGAAGACAAAGAUGAGUUUGGUUGUGAUCCUUUUGCCAUAUUACAUGCCCCAACAAGACCAAGUUCAGCACCUCCUCCACAACGACCUGAAAGCCCCACCCCAGCCCUUCCACCUAAGAAAGGAAAACAACCACCACCAAGACCUGCUCCACCAAGGCCUGCACCAUAUCAUGCUCCAACAUCUCAUAACAAUUCUUCAACGAGUUCAGAGUUUGCUGAUUUUGCAAAUUUUAGCAACAAGUUUUCACAGAAUAACAGGACAGAGCCUAAAGCAGUUUCUCAAUCACACAGUUUUGAAUUUACCGAAGACCCAUUCAAAGACUAUAGAUAUGAAGAUCCAUUUAAAAUAGAUCCUUUCUCAGAUACAGGAUUUGAAACAGAUCCUUUUGGUGAUGGUGCAUUUUCUUCAGACGAAUCCCAAAAAGUUAAUUUUAGUGAUGAACAACUUGCAUGGGAAGCCCAAAAAAAAUUUAGAAUGGAAGAAGAGAAAGCUCGUUUAGAGCAAGAAAAAGCAGAUUUCGAAUUGGCCCUUAGGCUAAGUAAAGCCACUUCUUCCGAUAAUAGGUCAAAAAUUUUACUAUAACAAUAGAAGUGUGUAUAAUGCAACUACCAAAAAUUAAAUUUUGUAUUAAAAUAAUAUAUUAAUUUAUUAGUUAUUUGAAAUUGUAAUAGGUACUUUAUGCAUAAUAUGUACCAAUUUUAUUUUUAUUUAUUAUUUAACAUUGAAAACCUAACAUCAUUCUACUCAGUAAAUUGUAGUAUUAUAUUUUGUUACAUAUAUUUUUAUCAAAUUGUAAUUAUUUUACCCUCAUAAAAGCCAUGUACUUUUUCAUGGUGAUGUACAAAUGAUCAUUGAAUAGAUAAAUUUACAGUUCUGUACUACUUUCCAAUGUAGAAAGAAGCAUAUUGUUACAUUUAAUUUCAUAUGGGGUUUUCCUAUUUUUUCAAAUGAAAUUGAAAUUAAUAACCUGAAGUUAACUAAUGUCUAAAGUUAAAAUUUAAAUAAUUAUAAUAAUAUUUAUAUACUAGCACAAUAUGGAAGUUAAGUUGUUAACAUUUAGUCCAAUUAGAUUGACAAUGAGUCCACAUAUAAAGUACUUAAUGUUGAGCACACUGCAUAAUUACAUAAUCUAGAGUAUAUCUUAUAUUUAUAAAAUUAUUGAAUUAUAUUGUUACCACUAACAAAUAUUAAUUUAUUUGUGGUUCUAGAUGGAAUGACAUUAAAUUAAAUUAAAUUUAAAAUCUUUUAAAAUACUAAGUAAAAAGCUAUAAAUGAUUUACAAUUAUAAAUCAUAAUAAAUAUUUACAGAAUUGUAGUUUAAAAACCACUGCCCAAAUCCUUAUUAACACAUAUUAUGAUGUUACUAUAAUAAGUAUCAGUUUAAUAUUAUGAUUAUUACUGUUUACUAUUAACUUAUUAAUUAUCAUUAUCCUAUUAUUUAUUUGUAUCUAUAAUAAUAUUACCUAUGUGGAAAUUGUAGCCCAUAUUGUUACCAUGUUAAUUGAUAUUUAUCUCUCUUAAUUUGUUAUGUAUACUGUAAUAAUAUUAUUACAUCAUAAAAUUCUUAACAUUUUUCUUGAAAUCUAUAAUCGUAAUAAAUAAUGUAUUUGUCACAAAAAAAACGAGUUUUAAUCACAAGUAUAUUUACUUGCAUAUUUUAAAUGAAUGGCCAUCAAUUUUAUGUUUUGUUAUAUUUUAUACACUGUUGUUAUUUUUAAUUGUUGUUAUGGAACAUUUUUAGGGGCAAACUAUGUAAAAGAAUAAUUUGUUAAUUCUAAAUACGAGCUUUGAAUGUAUUUGUACAUUUUUUUUUAUAUAUAUAGUAGGGAAUAGUAAUAACAAAUUAUAUAUAUCAAACGUCUUCUAUAUUCUCCCAAUAAUUCUUAUUUAAAACAUAAGUAAAUAAUAUAUGAUAUAACUAAUAACAAAUGAAUUUAAAACGGCCAAGCUUACCUCACAUUUUCACGUUGAUAUGAAAUCCCAAAUAAAAUUAAUUAAUUUUAUUUUUUUCUGUUGUCCUUUAGUUUAUAUAGAAUCGUAUUAUGUGACAAUUAUACAAUAACGUUUAGCUGCUGUUUCUAUACAUUCUGUUAUUAUCCUUGUCCUAUAUAAUAUUAACUUUUAUUUUUAAGAUUUAGCUGAUAAUUAAUUAUUAUUGGCUAUAGUAGACAUUUUUAGCAUCAUGACAAUACGUUAAUUGUUGGAAACUAAUACUA